UAUUGUAAUAAAUUUAGGUAGUCCUAUAAUUGUAAACUAAACUAAACUAAAAUAAUCUGAGGUGUCAGAUUAGAAUCAUUUAGAAAUUGAAUGAAUUGUGAUGCAAUAAUAUGAAUACUGCAGUUGUUUAUCUUAAUUAAUCAGCAAUGCUCCGCUCCUUAAUUAAAUCGUAGCCUUAGAAAUACGUCUCAGUGUGUCAUUGUUACUUUUAGGACUUGACAUUCCUUUAUAUAAACAAGUAAAACUCAAAACAUUUCAUUUCAUUAAUAUGUUUAAGUCAGACCAUUAAAGGUGCAAUGUAAAGAAAAAUUCAAACAAACAACAAAAAUAAAAUAAUUUGUUUUAGCCUACCACAAUUAGAACCAAGCUCGUGCGUUAACACAUUCACACACACACACACACACACACACACACACACACACACACACACACACACACACACACACACAAAAUUUAAUUAUAUUGAAAUGUAUCGUUCCCAUGACAUCUUAAAAGGUUAAGUUUCUAUCUUAUAUAAAUAUGAUCCGAAUAAGUACUAUCCUGAUUUUCUUGUCUUCAUGUUUGAUUAUUUAAAUACAAAAAAAAACAUGUAUUUCUCUUCGGCUACCUACAAUAGUUUUGUAUAUUUUCCAAUGCAAACUGAAAUCAGUUUAUUUAACUUAGUGAAACAAUAUGCUGUUUUUUCUGUAGAACUGAAAUAGAUGGUUAACCAUAACCUUUUCAGUGGAUAACGACAGUGCUAAAACAAUAUUUGCAAAGUAAUUAGGCCUACUUUUGUCAAACUGCAAAGUGGUUGCCCGUGAUGUAUUUUAUACCAUUAAAACUCAAUCCCGAUACAUUUAUGUACGGGCAGCGCGCUGCUUGGAUGGUGGAUUGAGAGGCGCUCUCUGAUUGGUCCGAGCUGAGCUCAUUGUUAUGCUGUCAAUCCAAAUCACAUGGCAGAGCCUCUAUUAACAGCUGAGCUUGGCGCACAACUUUGCAGAGUUCCGUGGCAGAGCAGAGCAAGUCAUACUGGACUUGUGUGGAGAAAUUUUCAUUUUACCAGAGUUUGAGCUCACUGAACUUUUGACUGACUACCGGUAACUUUAUUUUCAAAGAUUCUUUAAGAAACCUCAGCUUUUUCUUUCGAGUGCUCGUCACCACUUCUAAGUCGCUUGAAUGUAUAACAUGAUGGAAACCGAAAUAAAAAGCCCGCUUCCGCAGUCCAACACGGGCUCCGCGGCGGGCUGUAAAAACAACAGUGCCAACGAUCAGGACCGGGUGAAGCGGCCUAUGAAUGCUUUCAUGGUGUGGUCUCGCGGUCAGCGGAGGAAGAUGGCACAAGAGAAUCCUAAAAUGCACAACUCUGAGAUCAGCAAGCGUCUCGGUGCCGACUGGAAACUUUUGACUGAUGCCGAGAAGAGACCCUUCAUUGAUGAGGCCAAGCGGUUACGAGCCAUGCACAUGAAGGAGCAUCCGGAUUACAAAUACCGGCCCCGCAGGAAGACCAAGACCUUGCUGAAGAAAGACAAGUACUCUUUGCCUGGUGGACUCUUGGCGCCAGGUGCCAAUGCUGUCAACAACGCCGUCUCGGUGGGGCAGCGGAUGGAAUACACGCACAUGAACGGCUGGACGAACAGCGCGUACUCCCUCAUGCAGGACCAGCUGGCCUACCCCCAGCACCCCAGUAUGAACAGCCCCCAGAUUCAGCAGAUGCACAGGUACGACAUGGCGGGACUUCAGUACCCGAUGAUGUCUUCGGCCCAGACCUACAUGAACGCUGCUUCGACGUACAGCAUGUCCCCAGCAUUCACGCAGCAAACUUCCAGUGCAAUGGGUUUGGGCUCCAUGGCUUCGGUGUGCAAGACGGAACCCAGCUCUCCUCCUCCGGCCAUAACCUCUCACUCUCAGCGUGCUUGUUUGGGAGACCUGAGGGAUAUGAUAAGCAUGUACUUGCCUCCCGGAGGAGACAGCGCCGACCACUCCGCUCUACAGACCAGUCGGUUACACAGCGUUCACCCGCACUAUCAAAGCGCAGGGACCGGCGUGAACGGAACACUACCCUUAACACACAUUUGAAAGACUCUGAGAAAAAAAAGAGACUUAGAACUUCGGAUACUUGCAAAAAAAGAAGCGAAGUUCAGUUUUGUUUAAAAAAGACACUAUUUUUAAUCUCAAUGAGUUGUCCGUUUUAAAGCAAUUUAUGACGACAUAUCGGAGACUUCCUUUUGAGUGUUGCGCCCAACAAAACAAAUUGUAUUGCAGAUGAGCUUUGUAUCAUAAGCCGUAUGGCAGUCAACUUCUGUAGAAAAAUAUUGGACUUCUGACUUAUUUGCCGUCAGAUUUAGUCUCUAUGAAAAAAGGCACGUGGCUUCGUGAAGAGGCUGUAUUUCAAAAAACAAAAAGAAAGAUAAAAUAUGAGUAUGUUCACUCAUAAAUGUUUACACUUAUUUUUAGAAUGUCAGUUUUGUUGGCUGUGUCCAAAUCUGUGUAGUCUUUUUGUUCUUCGUUUAUGAACUAGGUUUUAUUGAAAUGAAAGACUGUGCUGUUCGCAAGCGCAAAGUUGUUUUAUUUAUAGUAAGUUUUUUUAAAAAAGCUUGUGAACCACUGUAAGUCUUGUUGAAAUGUUCCACUUGUUUUGUGAAUCUUCCUUUAUGUGAUGUUAUGGCAGUAUCAGGUUAACCCAUUAUGUGGGACGGAGAGUUUUAUUUAAACUGACGUUUCUACUGAAGAACAUCCUAAUCCCAAACGAAUAAAUUUGUUUUACACAAAG